CAUGCCCACCAGCCAUAACAGUGGAGUGACAUAGAGUUCCACCUAACACCAUGGAUGGCCUGUUGUAUGUCUUUGAUGCAUGUUUAAAGCAGUCGCGGCUGUGAUUCGACUGCUUAGCCCGGCGCUGGCAGAUCCCGAGGCUGCGUAAAUAGCCUGCUUGCUUGCUGAAAAAACCCACUAUCCGGCACUUGUAUUCGGCGAAGGGCGCGCUGGAGAUGCCGUUGCCGCAGACGAUGCUAAGACGUUCCAUUGCGUUGAAAGAGAGACGCUGAGGCACGUGUGGCAUGGCGUCAGCACAAAAGUAGGGCCACUGGUUCCGAUGGCGCUAAAAGGGGACCACAGCGGGUUUGCAGAGGGCUGUCAGGGGCGACGCCUGCUGAGCCCCGCCGUUGUCCUCCACAGCUCCUCCACCGCCACCACUGCCAGGCACCGUUUCUGUUUUUUUGCGGUGGGAACAAUGCAACGCCAUGACUUGUCUGCUGCACUGGGCGGCUCUGAGAAAACAAAGAUGCAUGACUUUUUCUCUUCCAGGGUGACAAAAGAACAGGGGACCAUGCUAGCACACUAAGUGCUUCUUUCGAUAUCGAAGAUGACAGGCAAGACAUGAAUGAUGGCGUAACGACAAAAUUGAAGUGUCCAGUUCAAUAACUGCUGUUGCAAAGGGGGAUGAUGAACGAAGCUCGUCAGAAACAAACUCCCCAGUGCAAUGUGAGCAUUUCUACUUGCUACAGCACACUGUGGAUAGAGCCCUCGCUGCUUGGAUGAUCUGUACAUCGAUGUUCAAUGGUGUUCCUGCAUCAUGGCCUGACCGGUGCGUCGGAUUUCCCAAUAGCUUCCCCAGCCACAUACUGUAGUAUGCAGCGGUGCCUGGCUAAGCAUAUAUUCCUUCGUCCUGAGUGGAGGUGGCGUAAAGGAUACAUGAUGCCCCUUCCUACGAACGGUUGUAUUGAAUCGAUAUAUUGAGCAGUCAUAAUGUCACGAAUUUCGAAACAGCCAUGGCUUUCCUCCAUUCAGAACCCGCAAUACAAAGCAAAUAUUUUUGUGGAUAACGGAUACAUGCACUAUAUGAAUAUAUCCUGUUUUCUUUGCUUUUGGUGGAUUACGAGGCGGCACAGUCUCGGGUGGAUUAUAACAGAGCGAAGCAAACAAUAACAACCAGAGGCGCAAAUCGGACCGUAGCUGCACUUGAAGAGGGGACAAGAAGAGUGACUGCUCUCGGAUUCAACUACGACCGUAUUGGUUGCCCGUCAGUAUUUUCAAAACAGACACGGAGUGUAUGGCUUCACACCGCAUGAACUGGUGAUGAAGAUGGACCAAGCGAGUCUCCGUGUAAUUGACAAAAGUUGCUGUCUGUACACUGUAUGGGUUCCUUUUUACAAGACCAGGGCGAUCGAAAAAUGCUAUCAUCGGCGCGGCAAAAUUGAUCAUACGUGGUUCAACCCGCGACCCCCUCGAUAAGGGCCGUUGUUAGGCUCGGCAGUCUACCACCAAAAAGCAAAAAACGGCGAAGCCAAGCAGACAAAAGCAUUAAACGGUUGCUUUCCGAGAUGCACUGUGACCGUAUCCACGGGAAGGUUUCCAUCUAAAACAAUUGAGCGCCUCACCCCCAGGGCAACGCCUCCCUGCAGCUCUCGCGUUGUUCACGACAAACUAACUAUGCGCACCGUGGACAGAAAGUCUAAAGGUCUUGACUUUUCCCAACUCGGUGAUUCUUGCACGUCGGAGACGUCCGAAUCAGCGGAAUAGCAGUCGGGUCUAAAAAAGCUGGUUCCAAAAUAGCUCGUAUCCGUGGCAUGUGGUUGGUCAGGCCGUGCUGCAGACUAUUUGACAUCGCUUCGCAGCACGCUUGUGAACGACCGCUCCAUCCGCCAUCGCCGCCACAAAGCUCCUGGCGCGCGAUGCUUUGAUGCGAAGUAAGUGCUCUGGCAUUGCCGACUGGCUGGACUGUUCCAGUUCCUCCAUCCCCUGACGCUUUAGCGCGUCCGAGUUGGGCAAAGCCCUGGACACAAUGGCUUUAGCGUGCCUGUUGUUCCCUUCCUCCUGGGACGCGGUGGGUCGAGCUAAACAGCCAUCCCUGUUUUCUGAGGAACCGAGCGGUGCAGGUUGGAAAAGCUUCUUCCCAGCCGUCGAGCCCAGGCACAGUGGCCUCAUCUCGGGGCCCGGCACACGGAGAAGAAGAGACUUGGGUGGUCAUCAUAUGUUUUGCCCACCCCGGCAUCCCAAAUCUCUGCGCUGACCCACCGAUUGCAACCUGGAAGCGGGUGUGUGAGAAGUCGGCAGUAUAGGCUAUGACUAUGUACCAGUUUCUCUGUGAUUACUGUGUACAGUACAUUGUACCCUCUGUAUGCACACACUCUCUGAGCCUCCCACGGACAGCUUAAGGUGUUGGUGGCGUGCGGCCCCUUCUUUCUGAGCGGAUCAUGAUAUCCAUUGCUAAGCCCAAGAGGCACUCCCGACACGCUGUGGCCACAAGAUAUGGGUUGGGCGUUCCAGCAUUGCAUUAGGCCUCGUCUUUUUUUUUUUUUUUUUUUUUUUUUUUUUUUUUUUUUUUUGCAAAGCGCCGCUAGCUCACUACCAGUGGAAGAAGCCCGCGGACGCAGUUCGUUUGCCCGACUAGGUUGGGCGGCGCCGUGGCGCAAAGAAUGGAGGCGCUGCGACUAGCGGGCUUGUUUUGAGGGCUGCCGACGCAAGCAUGGCUAUGCACGUCGAGAGGAGAAUAUGGGUAAAUCGUGCAGCGCGGCGUACAUGCGUAUGCAAUGGCAGAUGCUUUCGGGGCCCAUGCUUUCGAUCAAUGAGCCAACGCUAAUUAGUCGAUGUCUUGGGCUGUCUGUCUCCCUCUAUAGAGGUACGGAGCUCCCUGCAAUUGCUUUUCUAAACAAGUUCGACAUCCUUGCCCCCUGGCCAAGGCAUCCCUUAGCUCACACCCAAAAGACCGACCCGCAACAGUGGUAGCGGGAUCUUAGCUUGCAGGACUCCGGCCGUGCUAGCUUCCCUCCCCCUAGCCGAGUCUUGCUGCUCUUCGUACAGUAGUGACCUUUGCUUGGCCUGGUCCUAUUCCUAAUUGCUAUUCCUGGUACCCAUGACUUGAUCUGGCGCCCAGAAGCCUCCUCCCACUCCCCCCCGAGAUAGUCCACAGUCUCCUCCGCCUAAAGGCGCAUUUCCCGCUCUUUCUCUCAUUUGCAUCCUCUUUUGCCCCAACACUCCUAUUUUACUCUUUUUAAUAGUCUUCUUCUAUUUUGCUUCUAUUUUGCUCUGCUUUCCAUUCGCUUUCUUUUGCAAGCUCUAGGCUACGUCUAUUUUAUUCCUUCGUUUUGUAAGUCGAGCUGCCCUGAGCGCUGCCACGCACCACCUCUGUUAGGCAAGCGCCACCGCCUGCACAUACGGGACGAAUCUUGGGACGACCACAACAGCUGUUUUCCACGCUUCCUUUCUGGCAUCAAAUGGAAAGAACAACGUAUCUGGAUUUCUGGAUAAUCCAGAAUGCCUUCCUUUCGAGAUGUCAGACGUCAUUCGCAGGUCCAGCUGUGUCGCAUUGUUCCCCUCUUGCCCGAUUCUUUGUGCUUUGCAUUCCAGACGCGACACCACAACCCCACGACCUAAUUCGAUCAACAAUCUCGCGCUGUCAAACUUGCCUUUGCUAACUAUGACUCUUGCUUGUUAAACAGAACCCGCUAAAAUACGAUACAUCAAGGUCCAUAUCAUCAGUGGCCGCCAACUGACGACAUACGGUUUACGAUCAUCGACCUCAGCUGAUAAUUCUUUUGGGUGGAGUGGUCUCGUCUUGCCUGUGAAUGCCAGACUAACCAAAGGAGCGGCAAACCUGACCCUCACGGUUGCUUCGAGGCAUGCUCGUUGUCAGUGGACAGCAGCUACCAACCUCGACGGCCUGAUUUCCAACUCAACUUAAACAGCGUUCGUCAUGCUUGCGGAAUCAACACAACGAGCCAGUCUUCAAGUGGCUCCUCUCGGAUUUCGCAAACACCACCAACCUGAACCUACUGCCCAUGGCCCGUACCAGAUACACGCAGCAACGAAUCAGCAACUACAUACGCAAAUGACGCCUCCAGCUACACCCAAUGGGUCGCAGGAGGACCUCGCACCAGAUCCUCCUGCGCCUCCAGUCUUUCACAACUUUCUCCGCGCCUUUUACCCUUUUAGCCCCAGCAAUGCCAUGUCAGAUUCUAGCGUGACGCUGCCUCUAGAAGAAGGCGACGUCGUGUUGGUUCAUUCGAUACAUACAAAUGGAUGGGCAGACGGCACUCUGCUUGCCUCUGGCGCUCGUGGCUGGCUUCCCACUAACUACUGCGAACCAUACGAACCCGAGGAUCUGCAAAGCCUGCUCAAGUCACUGCUCAACUUCUGGGAUAUCUUGCGAAGUACCUCAGUUGACGACGGCGAACUAUUUAGAAACCAAGAAUUUAUGAAGGGUAUUAUCGCCGGAGUACGCUUCUUACUGGAACGUACAAAUUGUUUGAACCGAGAAUCAGCAACGAUCCAAAGAAGCGAGAUCCUACGAAAAUGCAGAAAAGGUCUAUUGGCGGAGCUUUCAUCGCUUGUGAAAUCAGCCAAGCGACUCCAAGAAACACAACGAGGCUCAUUGCCGCCAUCAGAAGAUAUCAACGACAUUGUUGACGAGAUGAUUUUAAAGGCGUUCAAAAUCGUCAACCGCGGUGUGCGCUUUCUGGACGUACUAGAUGACGAUCGUAGGGCUAGAGCACCGGCAUCUGUGACAGUCAUGGCAACAGUUAUGGAAGAGUCAUAUGUGCCACCGACGCCGCCUGCCGAUAGGACACGAUUUGAAGAACAGCGUCACGAAACGGCAAGCGAAGCUGGUUCGCGUGCUAUGACCGAUGAUACAACUGCCAGUGUUGCCACAUCAGAUCUGAGCGAUGCUUUACAACCCUGGGCGAAGCGCAUGUCGUCGCUCAGUUCUAUAAGCCCUGCCCAACAACGUCGCCUUUCUCAGGCUGGCCCGUCACACAACAGGCGGCUAUCCGCUUCCAUGUCACACAGAGUGUCAUUAGUCGGACCUUCACCGACAACUGGCUCCGGACCUCUCAUUUCAGAUCGCUUAAACCGCAGCCACGACCGCUUUCUAUCCCACCUGGGAUCCUUUAUCGGCCGCUUGCACUGGCAGUCACUAUCUAGACAAGAACUAUCUAUUGCUAUCAAGCAGUGCGCAGCAUCAGGUGGGGAGCUCCUUGGCGUCAUUGACGGUGUGUGCGCGAACUGCAUUGUAGCGCCAGUAACACUACAGGUCGCGCGAACCGCUGUCUUUGAGCGUAUACAAGAGUUGGUUUUCUCUGCCAGAGACACAAUAGCCCAUGUUGCGGCUGAGGAUGCAGAUGUUAUCAUACCACACGACAGCAACAUUUUACUUGCCUCCGCAACUUCAUGCGUCAAAGCCACUGGAGAGUGUGUGGCCAAAGCAAAGGCCGUUAUUGAACGAAUUGGUGAUUUCGAGCAUGACGAGGAAGACGAUAGCCUUGGAAUCGAUUUGUCUGUCUUGGACAUCACCCCAUAUUACCGCUCAAGAACCCCAUCAGCUGCGGCCCCAUCUGAAGCCGUUAGCAUUUCCGAAUCCGCCCACGUAUCUGAUACUACCACCUCUUCUCAGCAAUCACCGGGUCAAUCAACACGAUUGAUACCGAAAGUACCCAAGAUUAUGAUUCCUACCAAGGACUCACCCCCACCCGUAUCACGCAAUACGCCCUCCAGCAAAGACAGCCCAGCUAGCACUUCGGUCCCAGCUAGAUGCUCGCUUCCACCUCUACCAAAGCUGACGACUGCCAUGUCACCAGCCGACCAUACACCAUUGAGCAGCCGAGGUGAAGAAGGCCACUCGGCUCGUUUUGAGAACUUGGCUGCUACCAGCGCAGGCAGCAGCACGACGUAUCUGAGCCGAGAUUCCGAAACGAGCGUUCUAUCCCAAACGUCAACGAGAGCCACAACCCCUGAUAACGCUCUACAGCCCCGUCCGAAGCCAUCCAUGUCUGAGCUGAGCAAUGCAGAUAGCGCGGCAACCAACGCGGAAGAACCAGACGAUGUUGAGUCGAAGUUGUUGGAGAAGACGUACGCUCAUGAGCUGAUGUUCAAUAAAGAGGGCCAAAUCACUGGCGGUACCUUGCCUGCCUUGAUUGAACGGUUGACUGCCCACGAAUCGACGCCAGAUGCUACUUUUGUGUCGACUUUCUUCCUGACAUUCCGUCUAUUCUGCACUCCGGUUAAACUCACUACCACAUUGAUUGAUCGAUUUGAUUAUGUGGCUGACUCGCCUCAAAUGGCUGGACCUGUUCGGUUGCGAGUAUAUAAUGCUUUCAAGGGCUGGCUUGAGUGCCACUGGCGAGACGAUACUGAUCAGAGUGCACUGCCGUACAUUGUUCCUUUUGCACAGGGCAAGCUUGCUGCAGUUCUACCAUCUGCUGGCAAACGCCUAGCGGAACUUGCAAUCCGCGCAUCUACCGAGAACAUGCAAGCCAGCCGGGUGAAAUUCUCCAUUGGAAAAACAAAUACCGUCAUUGGACAGUAUGUCCCUGCUGAAGUCCCACUCUCCCACCCGUCUAUCUCGAAACACCAGCAUCAUCUUCUCAAUGCGUUCAAAGCCGGGACAAGCAUACCUUCUAUAAUGGAUUUUGAGCCGUUGGAGCUCGCCCGUCAACUGACUCUCCUACAGAUGGGCAUCUUUUGUGCUAUAAUGCCAGAAGAACUGAUUGGGUCACGUUGGAUGAAGAACGGCGGGAUGGACGCCCCAAAUGUCAAGGCGAUGUCAUCAUUGUCCACUGACCUGUCCAAUUUUGUUGCCGAGACGGUUUUGCAAUUCCCUGAAGUCAAGAAGCGCGCUACUGUUAUCAAGCAGUGGAUCAAAAUCGCUAGCCACUGCAACGAGUUGCACAACUACGACGGUUUAAUGGCAAUAAUCUGCAGUCUGAACAGCAGUACCAUUAGCCGUCUGCGCAAGACCUGGGACAUUAUUUCCGAUAAGCGCAAGGAAACAUUCCGCAUGCUUCAGAAAAUUGUCGAUCCAUCACAGAACAACAAGAUCCUCCGCAUGAGGCUCCAGGACCACGUCCCACCUUGCCUGCCAUUCCUCGGCAUGUAUCUUACAGAUUUGACUUUUAUUGAUAUGGGCAAUGCCGCUACGAAGAAGAUGUCUCAUGCUGGUGGCAUUGUCGAAGAAGGAUCGCGCGGACUAACCGUGGUCAACUUUGACAAGCACACACGCACUGCUAAGAUCAUUGGCGAAUUGCAGCGAUUUCAGAUUCCUCACCGACUCACCGAGCUGCCUGACAUGCAGGAGUGGCUGACGACCCAGAUCCAGCGAGUUCGUGAAACAGGCACCAAGGACAACGUCCAAGUUACCAACUAUCGAAAAAGUCUGCUGCUUGAGCCGAGAGAAGCCCGACGUGAUACCGAACCUCCCACCCCAGUUGCUACGAGCGCGACUAGUGGUCGUGGUGACCUCUUUGGCUGGAUGUCGCGAGACCGAGGAGCACACUCUUCUACCCCUGCACCAGUAUAGGCGCAGGACACCCUUCCCAAAAACCACAUUUUUCUACUUUUGAUACCAUUUCCCGUUUGACAUUGAUACCCUACCUCGCAUUCUCCGCUUUCUUUGUUUUUUACGCCGUCAUUAUUUUCGCACUAUUUACGACGACUACUUCGCCCUGCCACCGCUUUAGCGUCGAGUGGCUUCUGUCGAUGAUGCGCAACUGAUCUGACCUUUGUUAUAUGGCAGCUCAAGUAUGUCGACAUCUUCAUGCAAUGAGCGCUACUUCUUCUACUGGCUGAAUCGGUCAUAUGCUUUGCCUUACUCGUCCUCCCCCUUUUUUUUAUUAACGAACGUUUGCUCCCAUUGGAUUUUCUAUACCUGGGUUGAUUUUUUCUUCUUCGAAGCGUGGGCGUCAUUUGGUUUAAGGAACCGCCAGAGUUUUGGGAUACCAAUCGACAAUGGCAGUACUGGGUCUGUUGUAUAUCUGCUUUGAAGCGAUGGGUUCCAUCGAAGUGUUUUGGUGUUUUCCAAAGAGCGAAUGGAUUGGGAAUUCGAAAGCUGAUCCGUAGCUCCUAGAGGAGCAAACACCUGUAGUGAUACAUUACCAACAUAGAAAAUAUAUGAAUGAUGAAAUGAAAUAUUACAAGGCUGAAAACUGUCAAUUGUCGUGAACUGGAUGUUGAAUGCUUGCUGGGGGAAUGGGUUGGGACGGCACUGCUAUGGGGGUAUCGUUGUAGAUUGUUCUGAUAGCAAGCAUCUCUUUUGCUGGGGAAACGAUAGAUAGGAGAAACGGGCUGGAGAUUGCGAGGCGUUUUGAUAAUGCAGCAAUCAACAUUUUGGGGGCGUCUCCUGCUGCGUACGGUAGCAUCAACGGUGCGCUUAAUAUCGACGAGUUCCAAAGAGAUGGAAGCUUGUUCCGUAGAUGGAGCCUUUUGAAUAUAUUAAACGGUUGAGGAGAGCCUCGAAUCUAGAUUGCACGUAACCUGAGGAACGCCAUGCAGGCGCACACAACCACAUGUCGCUGGGUCGCAUUGGGCGCUGGCGUGGCUGCGCUUGGCGGCGCUUGCUGUGAGGAUCGGUUGCGACGUUUGGCGCAGACAUGUUACAUGCCAGGAUGAGUGUUGGAUCAUUAAUGGGCUGUUGCUAUUGACAUGCGGCAUGGUGCAGCAGCAGCAGCGGACGGAGGGAUGAUAGAGAAGCGUUACCGACGGAGGUUAUCAAAAGGGAGAUAUGCCGGGGGGCGGAAGGGCCAAGACAGCUUGCUGCUGGUUGGGAUGAUAUCGCACGCUAUGUUAUUUCACAUCAGCGCUAGCUCAGGGCCAGGGCGUGAUGAGCAUUGCAAUAUAUCGUCGGCAAGGUGUUCCCAAAGAUGCUGCUAAUACUGCGCGUCAAUACCACCUCACGAUGGAGGGGUUAAUCAACAAGAAGGAAAGAUCAGCAGGCAGCAGCAGCACAAAUCCCAUCCAUUGUACGCACAGCACAUGCUUGCGAUUCACAACGGUCGUGAGUGACCCGCGGUGGUGGUGGUGGUGUCUUGUCAGCGGGGUGGGAAAAAAGCCAUCGUUUCUCCAAAAAAGCCCAAAUGCACCCCAGAUCUGUUUCGGCGCUGCUCACUACUUUUGGGGGGCGCUCGGCGGUGGCUUGCCAUAUUGCGCCGGGCGAGGUUACGUUACAUGUCCAGCCAACUUCAGCCCAGCCUGGUUUGGUGUGUUCUUUUUUGGGGGCUUUCUCCACUGCCCGCACGAGGGGCCCCCUGGGGAGAACGACGCUAGCCGCAGAGCGACAAGCCGUGAAGCGCCUAGAGGGGGG